AUUCGAGAAAAAUUAUCGAUCCAAAUUGUUACGCAUUCGUUUUGAGUCAUUUGGGUUUCAUUUUCGAUUUUCGUGUUUACAAUAUGGCAACUCUUUGAUUCUCUUAACAAUUAAGGUUUGUCUCAAUUCGGAUUUUGCUUUUGAUUAUCGAACAUUAAAUUGAUUGAUUUUGUAAUUGUCACCAAUUCAAGUGGAUAGAAUGUUAUUCAGAUUUUUAAUUGUUCCAUUGGCUCUUCUCCCUUUCGCCUGUGGUUAUGGUAAAUUAAUCCAAUUGGGUGAUGGUUUACUCCAAGAACUUUUCAACCGAUAUGGAUCAAGUAUAAAAGAUGAUCCAUUUGAAGUAGAUUUUGAUAAACAAGGAGGUGGAAGUUUAAACUUACCUGUUGAUGAAGGAACUUUAAGUAAAAUCCCUCGAUCAAAAUUCCAAACUCGUAUUGAUGACAUUCUAUUAGGAAGUGAACCUUCACUUCGUGACUCCGAAUAUCUUGAACAUUCAUCACUUUUCGGACCAAAAUACGUUCAAGGAGGUGCAGGGGAAGGUCGACAAUUGUUAAAACCCGAUGGAUCUGUUGAAAACUUCCAAGUGAUCAAAUCAGAUUCCAUUUUACCAGCGUAUUGUGAUCCUCCGAAUCCAUGUCCAAUCGGCUAUACAACUGAUGAUGGUUGCUUGGAGACUUUUGUUAACUCAGCGACAUUUAGCCGUGACUAUCAAUCAUCACAAAAGUGUAUGUGCGACCGUGAGCACAUGUUUGAAUGCUCAGGUAACACGGAGGAAAAUCAAUUGGACGCUUUGGCUCGAUCGAUACAAAACAAUGUAAUUUCAGAUUCGGAAUUUGAUGAAUUGGUCGACCGAAUGCAAGAAGGACACAAAGUGGUCGCUAAAAAGUUUCACGCCACCAAAAAGCGUAAUCCUGAUUAUCUAAUGGGCGAGAAAUUACCAGUGGUCGCCAAGAAAUCACCUCAUCUUGCUAAGAACUGAAUUAACUAAUUUGAGAAAACCGUUAAUUUCCAUUCAUCUCUUAUCCUCCAUUACUUCUGAUUAUUGAUUGUGAAUUCCUUAAUUUCCUAUUGAUCUCUUUCUGAUUGUUAACUAUCAUAAUUGUAAUUGUUUCAUAUCACAAUUCUAUUUAAUCUCUUGAUUGUUUCCAAUUCCGAUUUAAUUUCCGAUUGUUUCAACUGUCUCAAUUCAAAUUAUUUUUAUUUUUAUCAUGAUUACAUCUCCAAUUGUUAUUAUCAUCAACCUGAUUAACUGGCAACAAUUUAAAGCUCUAACAAAAAAUAAAAGAUAUCCUUUAAUUCAAA